UAACAUCAAUGCCCAUUUCCCCCAAAUUCUCGUUUCUUCUACGCACUGCACCGCACUUCACUUCACUUAACCUCACUUCCAUUCCCCAAAAUACCAAAUUCCAAUGGCAGAAGCAGAAUCCGAAGCUCUGCGCCUCAAGGCCAUGGCGGAGUCCAAGUUCAAAGGCUCCAACAAUAACGCCAAAUCCGCUCUAAAGUACGCUAAGCGCGCCCACCGCCUCUGCCCGCACCUCGCCGGUGUGUCGGAGACCGUCGCCGCCCUCUCCGUCCUCGCCGCGCCAGAUUGGUACCGCGCCCUAGGCGCAGAGCCCUUCGCCAGCAGCAGCGUCAUCCGAAGGCAGUACAAGAAGCUCGCCCUGCUCCUCCACCCCGACAAGAACCCCCACGUGGCUUCCGAGGAGGCCUUCAAGCUCCUCGGCGAGGCCUUCAGCUUUCUCUCCGACAGAAACCGCCGCCGCGAGUACGACGCCAAGCUUCGACGUAAAAUCGAGGCGGCUGAGAUCGAGAGCGAGACGUUCUGGACUGCUUGCUCCACUUGCAGGCUCCUGCACCAGUUUGAGCGGAAGUACCUGGGGCAGGAAUUAGUGUGUCCGAGUUGUGAGAAGAGUUUUAGGGCUGUGGAAGCGGCUCAGAGUGAUGAUGAUGACGAUGAUGAUGAUGGGGAUAUUAGGGUUAGGAGUAGGAGGUUGAAGUUGAAAGAGAUGGAGAAGAGGGAAAUUGGGGUGAAAGGGGAAGUGGGUGGUGAGAAAGGUAAUGAAUUGGGGAGUGAGAAGGAAGGGAGAUUGAGGAAGAGAAUGUGUUCGGUUGGGGAGGUUUUGGAGAGGGCUAAACCUAGUAAUAGUAAGAGGGUUAAAAAUGGAGAGGAAAUGAUGACAUUGGCUGAAUUUCAGAAUCAAGUGAAGAGAAAAUUGCAGGAGGGAAAGUUGAAGGAAAAAGAAAAAGAAAAGGAAAAGGAAAAGGAGGAGGAGGGAAUUGAGAAGAGGAGAAACCCCGCGGAGAGGAGGCGGCGGCGGUUGGGAUUGAGAAAUAAUGGAGGUUUAGAGGCUGGGGAGGUGAGGGGUUUGAAGAAGAGUGUGAAGCCUGCGAUUGAGGAGAAGAGGAAGGGGUUGAUAAUUGAGAAGCAUAGGGGGGGUUCUAGUGGAGGGGAGUUGGAGACUAUGGCGGUGGUGGAUUCUGAUUUUUAUGAUUUUGACAAAGAUAGAGUUGGAAGAAGCUUUAAGAAAGGCCAAGUGUGGGCGAUGUAUGAUGAUGAUGAUGGAAUGCCGAGGAAUUAUGCCUUGAUUGAUGAAACUGUCUCGGUGAAUCCUUUUGGAGUGAGGAUAAGUUGGUUGGAUGUACAGAACAGUGGGGAUGGGAGGAUUGUUAGUAGGGAGAAAAUGGGGUUUCAUAUACCUUGUGGGAGAUUUAAGGUUGCCAGGAGGAAGGCUUCUGUAAAUUCGGUGAAUAUCUUUUCUCAUGUUGUGGAUUGUGACCGGGCUGCACGUGAGGUUUACAAAAUUUACCCCAAGAAGGGCUCCGUAUGGAUGCUUUAUGGCGAGGGUAGUAUUGAUGCGGAUGAGGGUAAGGGAUGCUAUGACAUUGUUGUGUUUUUGACGAGUUACAAUGAGGUGAAUGGUCUGAGUAUGGCGCAUCUUGAGAAGGUUGAUGGUUACAAGACAGUAUUUAAGAGGCUGGAGAGGGGGAGCGGUGCUAUUAGAUUUCUUGGGAAGGAUGACAUGUGGUUAGUUUCACAUCAGAUUCCUGCACGGAAGCUUCUUUGUGAUGAAACUCCUGAACUGUUGAAAGAUUGUUGGGAACUUGAUCCUGCUUCACUUCCUUCUGAUUUACUUACUAUUGGUGGAUAGAUAAUUUAGAUUAGGUAAUCUUUUUGGUGAUAGACUCUGAGUUUUGAAAGACUAUUUAGAAGUUGAUUGUUGAUGACUUCGUAUGUACUUACUGUUGGGUGGCUUAAAUUGAUGACCUUUGGAAACUUUGGUACGACAAAGAUUAUGUUAUUAGGAAACCUGACUGCUUUGUAAAGCUUCAAUUUGAUAAAUCUGUAUAAAGAGAUAUACAUGAAUUAUACUCUUAUAUUCUGCUGGAUUAAAAUGUUCGUCAACACUAUAAACUAGUUACUAUGGCAAAA